GGGGGUGGGGGGGGUCACGUUUGGCCCCAGGGACAACAGGGAAUAACCUCAAGGAAUGUCCAGGAAAAGGGCUCCCGGCGAUGCCUCUCUCCGGAUGAGCAGCGGGCUACCGAGCGGGGGCAGCUGGAGGCUGGUGCGGGAGAUCGAGGUGAACGUGUUGGAGUGCAAGGUUUGCUUCGAGAGCUACAGCAGCGGCCGCCGGCCCUGCAGCCUGCCCUGUGGCCACGCCGUCUGCAGGCUGUGCCUGGCAGCCCUGAGCAGAGCCUCUCGGCGGCUGCUGCAAUGUCCCUUCUGCCGCAAGACCUGGGCGGCUUGUCUGGCCGCUGACUGCCUGCCUCUGCUGCAGCUGGCGGAGCUGGUGGAGGAGGAGAAAGGGCAGGAGGAAAAGGAGGAGGAAGAGGAGGAGGACAUGGGCUCCUCCUGCAGCCAACCCCCAGCCCCGCCAGCCUCCCCGGCUCCCUGGCCCCGGCUGAGCUGCCAGGCGGUGUCAGGGGGCUGGGGGCAGCUGCUGAACCCCACGGGCAUCGCAUUGUGCAGCAGGUCAGGGCGGGUGGUGGUGGCUCACGACGGGCAGAAGCGCGUCAGGGUUUUCGACCCGAAGAAGGGGACGUGCCUGCGGGAAUUCGGCUCCAAGGAAGACAUCAGAUACCCCCUAGAUGUGGCUGUGACCCAGGACGGGCUGGUGCUGGUGACGGAUGCGGGGGACUCGGCUGUCAAAGUCUUCACCCCCCACGGACGGCUAGUCAUGACGAUCAGAGAGAGCCUGGCUCUGCCUUGGGGGGUGGACAUCGGCCCACAGGAUCAGGUGGCCGUGGCCGAUGCAGAGCUGGGCUCCCUCUCUCUGCUGCACAUCGACUUCCGCACCAGGACCUUGGUGAGGAACCAACGCGUCUGCUCCACCUUGCGCCGCCCCCGGGAGGUUGCUAUCUGCCCGGCGACCGGCUUCAUUCACGUGGUGGAGCACCUCAGAUCUCAGCCUGCAGGGAGCACCAGCCCCGUCUGCUUGAGCACCUUCAACAACCAACAGCAACUCAUCUACCAAAUGGAUAGCUUCAGGUUGGGUUUGCUCAACACCCCUCAGCUGUGGGUCUCUGGCAUCACUGUUGAUGGCAAAGGCAAUGUCCUCAUCGCUGAAGCCAACCACAAGGCUGUGGUGUGCCUGGGGAAUCCUCAGGCUCCUCAAUACAGGACAAUCAUUAGCCAAGGGCUCUCAUUCCCCCUGGGAUUAGUUUGCAUUGGAGACGACACUUUGAUUGUGUUGGACGGUGGAGAUUAUUCGUUCAAAGUCUACAGAGAUUUUUACCAAACAAAACCCUAAUCGGAAAAUUUUCCGUCUAUCAGUUUCCUGAAGAAAAUGGAGUGGGACUUGACGGCGACGUAUUUAAAACACGAUUGAAGCAGCUUUAGUAACUAAAAGAUUUAAUUUAAACUCUUUAGGCACACCUGUAAUGUUUAGAUGCGUCCAGUUUUUGGGAAGAGCAGAAAAUUUGAACUGUGAGUGUGAAAGUUACAAAAAUAAAGUGUUAAAUGUA